AUAAUAAUAAAAUAACAUACAAAGUGGUAACAUACAAGGCGAGCUUAACCCAUUACUGGAUUCUCUUCUAGCAUUUUGUAAUAAGUGAAUAGAUUUUUCGUUACCCUUGAACUAGUGAAAGAUAAUUAAAGUACUUAAGUAUAUUCUUUAUUCAGUCCCACGACUAAAUUAAUUUAUAAACCUCUUUCUCCGAAAUAUCCAACAACCUCGACCAUUAAAAAAAAUCUGAACUUCCGUGUGAGCUAUCGAUAAAACAGUUUUUCGUAACGCCAUACCAGCACUGGGUCCGCCGCUUCAUUUUCCCACUUUCCCUCAGUCUGUCUGCAUCGGGUGGACGCUCGGCUCGUGUCGACACCACGUCUCUUACGCGAACCUCUAACAACCCUUUAUUAACAUACCAAUUACGCGAAAUCUAAAUAAAAAGUUAUAAGGUAUUAUAAUAACAAUGUAAGUUGUCAUUGUGAUUUCAUGCAAGGAGGUGCAACAAUCCUUAUGUGAGGAGUACCGUCUCCUCGGCGACCAGAUGAUCAAUUUUAUUGUGAUCGGGAGCUACAGAAGGCCACAAAAAUUGCUCCCCACGGCAGUCCAGCUCGCGCGUACAUCGCCUACCACAAACUCGGGACAGGCAUGGAGGCCCAGACCACCACGCCGCAAACCGAGUGCGAAUGUGGUGUGCACCCAUCAGUCUUCUACCUAUUGGCCACCUUGCUUCUCACUAGUUGUUCAACGGCGAUGCUGUGCGCGGCCAUCAUGACAGAGCAUUGGGAGCACGUGGUGUGGGACCACGCUGCACUCGCCGCACUCGCCAACGCCUCCAACACGGCACUGCAGUGGUUACUCGAUGAAAAAGUCGCUAAGAUUGAAGACACAAGUAAUCGGAAAGGCGGGGGGACCUUUCUAGUGCCGAUGAAUGGCGGCAUUUGGACCAUGUGUGUGUCCUUGGAAGAGGAAGAGGUAUCGAUCCUGUCAAGGGUUGGAUUCCCUACGCAGCCCGUGUGCACAAAUUAUUUAGCAAACAGUGACGAUGAGGAGCCUAGGGCAGAUUGGCAGCAUCGAAUGCAGAAUUUAUCCAUAUCAUGCGCUCUAGUUUGCCUGAUAGUGUUAGGCAGUGCGGCCUUGGUCGGUACUUUUGGUAUCUGCAAGCACCAGAUCAGCGCAGUGCUCAUUACUGGCGUCAUGUAUCUAUUAGCGGGUCUGUUCGCGAUGUUCACGCUAAUGAUAAUCCACUUCAAGCGCGUGCAGCGUGUGUCGGCCCGCGGCAGCUCCCACGCCGACGGCUCCACGGACGGGGUGGCGGGGUCCCGCGCCGCCGCGGCCCCCCUCCUCGCCGCGAGAGACUUCUCCACAGCCUGGUCGCUAGAACUCGGCUGGGCUGGAGUCGCCCUGGCUACCACGACGUCCCUCCUAUGGAUACUGUUGUCUAAAAUCAUGAGAUACAACCCUAUAUCUGCUAUGCUCUUGUAAAUAUACUAUUGUUUACACCUACAUUUUUAGCAAUUAUCAUGUUUCAAAUUGAUAUUCAGAUAUAUGCUACGGUUUUUUGGUUAUGUUACUCAGAAGAUACAACCUGGUGACAGACGGACAGAAACCAUGGAUUCAGUAAUUCUUACCCCUUGGGUAGGUAACGGAACCUGCAAUAUAAGCAACGGUUUUUUAAACGUUGUUUACCAUCGCAUUGGUUGUAGCGUUGGAAAGGCACUAGAAUCAAGUCGAUUUCGAAUAACGGAAAUUAUUAGAAAAUUUAACAUCUCAUUCGAACAUGAUCAUUGUUUUAAAUGAAGUCAGUGUAGCAAUUAAUGCCUCGAUUGAAAUCUUCCUUAUUAUUUAAUUUGUUACAAAUUACUUGUCAAUUACCAAUUUUAAGGUUUUGAAUAGUUCGUUGCUGACGCUUUAAGGAAGAUUUCAUUUGAUGUUAUCUAUUAGUAACUAUAAGAAUUAAAAAAAAGAACAAUUUACAGAGAUAUUAUUUGCUACUUAUUCAAAGCUUUGUAGUAAAUAGUAGUCUUGCCCGUUCUGAGGGUGUACCACGUCUUAAAGUGAAAUAACAUGGUUGUGGAAGCGUGACGGCGCAAUACACUGCAUAUAGCGUCAUCUCCCUUCCGCAUCCGCAAUAAAAUUACUUUCAGACGUGACGAUAAGCACCAUCUCAUGGAUCUUGGAUCUUUUUCAAUUCUUAACAGCUAUCUUAAUUUCGACCAUUUGCUUUGAAUUUGACUAAGCUUUAGAUAAUCGCCGAGCUUGUUGCCGUCCAUUGCUAUAAAUGUUAUACUUAUGCCAUCUUUCUAUUAUAUUUUUACGUAUUUCUCGAUACCAAUCUUCCUAUUGCUAUCUAACAAAUAUACAUUGUUACAUACUUAUAAACAUUUGAAAACUAUUUAAGGUAAUAUGCUCUACUUCUUGGAAUUAAGAAUUUAAGUAGUAGCUUUCUGUAGUGAGUAAAGUUCUCUACAGUUAAUUCAAGAUAAUAUUAAUGUUCUCGACAUCAGCUCCCGGCCUACAAUAUGAAUAUUUCAAUAUCUCACUGUUGUUAGUUGUAGACACGCAAAGCUAAACUUCAAUAUGGUAUCAACAUAAUUAUAUUAAUUUACUUAAUUAAUAACUAAUAUGGAGUUUUUUUUAAAAGGUUAUGGUGCUUUAAGUAUCAAAAAAUGAUUGUAUAAAUUGAAGAGUUUUAUAUUUGUUUCCUUUGUUAAGUCGGACCUCUUAAAUUUAAAAAUUAAUUAGUGUAAGUACGUACGUAGAAGUUAUUUAUGAUUUUUGUGAAUUAAAAGAAGUACAUUUCUUGAAGGAUUUUUUUUUGUAUUAACUUAUUUACAUAUAUGAAAAAGAAACUUAACUCAAAACUUUAAUUUAUUACAUGUAAUUUAUAGAUAGGCCGAAUAAUGCUGAAAAUUAUACAAAAAGUAUCAACAGGAAUACAUUUCCAAAACCCUAAGGCAGAAAAAAAAAUAUGCCUAUAACGGUACUGCCUAAUAACGGUUUAUGCACUCGUAUUUAUCAUGUGUCAUAAUAAAAUUCUAUUAAUAGUUAAUUAAGUAGUCUUCGGCCUAUCUGUACUACAAAAAGUGUUUACGCGAACUUACUCAGGACAAACAUGCAUUUACUUACGCACAUUACUUUUAAGGAUUCUACUAAUUAAUUUAUAAUAACUAUACUUACUCUUGCUAAUUAUGUAUCUAGCCAGUUCUUAAACCGGAAUUUGUUAGACUAGUCGUUUAGGAUAAAUGUUAUUCGAAGUUGAAUUAUGACAGCGGAUAAUGGCAAUGUUAUUUUAGUGAUCGACCUAAGUGCUAUUUCUAGUCUUAGUUUUAUUUUUUUAAUUAAAGUCGACCACUAACGUCGCCAUAAGUAAAUUCAUUUAAUAAAAUUCAAAUGUAAACAGACUUUCUUCGCAAAGUUAUG